UCACACCGCGAGACUGUGUUGCGUUUAAAAACUGAAGUUAAUAAACUAAAGUUUAUAAAAAGUGAAUACGUCAACGUUAUUUUUGUAUUUCUUUGUCUCCGUCCGCCAUUAAUGCAGACGUAAAAAAGGGGGAUUUCCAUUGAGAGAGAGAGAGAGAGAGAGAGAGAGAGAGAGACUUACUUUCGCUUUCAGUUUGACUCUCGACAGAUCCGCCCGGUAGACUCGACAGAUCCGCCCGGUAGACUCGACAGAUCCGCCCGGUCGACGCAUGUACGAGCCGCCGGUUGAGCACUUUGUCCGGUAAACUUCGUGCACGUCGGACUCAACGCGUGUGAACCCGACUCGACGACACGGAAACGUCCGGUGAAGGCUUCCGUAGUCCCAUCGGUGCUGUGACCUGACCCCCGCUGAGCCUCCCCGGCCCUUUAUUAUGCACAAGAUGAGCUCCUUCUCCCCGCUGCUCUUCUUGUGCCUGGACGCGUGCGUGGUGCACGCCGUCCGCUUGGCCCAGCUCUCGCCCGUCCUCCUCCGCCAUCCGUUCCUCGCCCUGUGGGGGGGAGCGCUGACCAGGGCUGGCCUGCUCGCCCUCCUGGCCUCCCCGACGAGACUGCCGUGGAUGAGCAGCUUCCAGGGGCUGCAGGGCCUGGGGGUCCUCUGCUUCCACGCCCCGGUGUACGUCACUCUCCUCUGGGCGCUGGGGACGCCCGGCAUGGAGGAACUGUGGGGCUGGCACUCCUGGGAACGGGUGUUACAGGGUUACGUUGUGACAUUAGUGGCCGGGCUCUACUGGAACCGAUAUGUGUCGUCUCUUUUGCUCUCCUUGGGUCGAUCCAUCUCAUCUCUGCUGACGAGGGCGCCCUCUGAGGAGCCCAAGGAGGAGCCCAAAGAGGAGCCCAAGGAGGAGCCCAAAGAGGAGCCCAAAGGGGACACCAGUGCGUCUCGGAAGAGGCUGAUGGGAUACAUGUGGCCCUAUCUCGGGCGCUUUGUUUUUGUGCUGAUUCUCGUGUUUCUUUCAUCUUACGGUGAGAUGGCUAUUCCUUGGUACACUGGUCGUGUGGCUGACUGGAUCACAAAUGAAGAGGCGCCCGAUGCCUUCACCGGGGCCAUCGGCAUCAUGACGCUGAUGACUAUUGGCAGUGCUAUGCUUGAGUUCGUGUGCGACCUCAUUUACAACGUCACCAUGAGCCACAUACACACCUCGGUGCAGGGAGCCGUGUUCCAGGCGGUGCUGAAGCAGGAGAUCGCUUUCUUCGAUGCCACGAAGACAGGUGAACUGUCGUCCCGCGUUACCACGGAUACCAACGAAAUGAGCGAGGCGCUGAGCGAGAAGUUGAGUCUUGUGAUGUGGUACACUGGGCGAUUUGGCUUCCUCUUGUUCUUCAUGGUGAGCCAGUCUUGGAAAAUGACCCUGCUCACCUGCAUGGGACUGCCCAUCAUCUUGGUCAUACCUGAGCUAAUGGGAUGCUUCCACAAGACCAUCGCUGUAGAGGUCCAGGAGUCACUGGCUAAGGCCAACCAGGUGGCCACGGAGACGUUCUCCUGCAUGAAGACAGUGAGGAGCUUUGCCAACGAGGAUGGCGAGACGGAGAGGUACAGUCGGCGGCUGGAGGACAUUUACGCCCUGAACAAAAAGGAAGCAAUGGCUUACGCGGCCUCGACCUGGGCGAACAGCAUGACCACCAUGGCCUUGAAGGUGUGUAUUCUGUACUAUGGAGGAACUCUGGUGACCAGAGGGGACGUUAGCAGUGGAGACUUGGUGUCCUUCGUCCUCUAUGAGCUGCAGUUCGCCUCUGCCGUGGAGGCUGUCAUGCGUUAUUACCCGGAGGUGAAGAAGGCAAUUGGGGCCUCUGAGAAGAUCUUUGAGUAUUUGGAACGCAAACCUAAAAGACCCCCAAACGGCUCUUUGGCCCCCAAAGAUCUUGAGGGUCACAUUCAAUUCAAAAACGUUACAUUUCUCUAUUCUGGCGCGACAAACAAAAGCCCAUUUUUGCUCAAGGACGUGUCUCUGGAGAUGAAGCCGGGCAAAGUCACUGCCCUCGUGGGGCCGAACAGAUCAGGGAAGUCCACCUGUGUCCGGCUUCUGGAGAGAUUUUACCAGCCCCAAGCCGGGGAGAUCCUACUAGACGGGACACCACUGCAAAGCUAUGAAGACCAGUACCUGCAUGACAAGAUUGCUGUCGUGAGCCAAGAUUGCGUUCUGUUUGCUCGCUCCGUGCGAGAAAACAUCAAGUACGGCUCCGAGGAGGCCUCUGAUGAGGAGAUGUACGCGGCCGCCAAGCGGGCCAGUGCCCACGAGUUCAUCGUGGCGCUGUCGAGUGGCUACGACACAGAUGCUGGGGAGAAGGGAGGCCAAGUGUCUGGAGGCCAAAAGCAGCGCAUUGCCAUCGCCAGAGCUUUAAUCCGACGACCCAAAAUCCUGAUACUCGACAACGCCACCAGUGACUUGGACCCUGAGAAUGAAUAUCAGGUCUGCGAAGCUUUGUUAAACCAAACCAACGACUGCUCCGUGCUGCUGAUAUCCAACAAGAUGAACGUCGUGGAGAAGGCCGACCAUAUUGUUUUCCUCAAUGAAGGGAUGUUGAUGGAGGAGGGCAGUCACGAGGAGCUGCUGCAGAAAGGCGGUCAUUAUGCCACGAUGGUGUAUAAGCAGAACAUGGGCUUUCACCGUCAAGAAGAGGAGAGGAAUGAUGCCCCCUGAUAGGCCAGAGAAGCAGUCGAGUUGCUAGUCAACACUCCAGACUUAGAGUCAACAUUGCCCACAAGGGUCCACGACCAGAGAGCUGCUUAAGGGAUAAUUCUAUGGUAGAAACGAUAUGUGAAACAUUUGAAUCAUUCCAUAGUCAUUAUCAUCAGAAUGACACACUAAUGCUUUAUACACUUUGCAAACAUAGAUGUAAAAGAUUAUUGAUUAUAGGUAUUUUUUAUUUAAAUAUUUAAGAUGAGUGUUUCUAAAGGAUCCGGGCGUAUAUACUUUUUUUAACAUAUUUGUCUUUGUAUUAUUGUUAUUGUACUUUUUCCUGUAUUGAUGCUUCUUUACUUAUUUACAUCCUCUUAGCAGCAAAACAGCAAUGCUUUUCAGCGCUACUAUAAAUUGUUUUCAUGUUUCAUGGACAGGUGUUGUUGCAGGUGAUUGUUGGUUUGUUCUUUAUUUUUAUUUGUUUUACUAUCCCAGUCCUGGCAGAACAUAUUUGGGGCUCUGUCAUAUUAACAUUUGUUAGAUUUAGUUUGCACUUAAUUUCCCGAACUUUGAA